UCCAGGGGGCAGUCCAGGACAGAGCUGGACCUCUUGAACACUUUGUUGAGUCUUUUUUCUGUCCCUCUAGUGCUUCCUCCUCCCCAGCAAACAACAACACAGAAGAUUGCAGAUGCCACCACAGAGUCAUAAAAAGUUUUUAACAGAGUCCUGCACACUCCACAGACUUUGACUUUGACCCUUUUGUACAGGACGUCUGUGUUGUCAGACCGGUCCAGUUUAUUGUUGAGGUGAACAGGUUUUUAGGUUUUUAUAUGCUCCCACCAUCUCGAUAUCCAAUCUCUGGAUGUUCAGCAGUGUGGUCUGAAGUGUCUUCAUCUGGAAGUUGAUCACCAUCUCCUUCGUCUUGCUUAAGUUGAGGUGGAGGUGGUUGAGAUCGCACCAGUUGACAAAGUCUAUGACGCCCCUGUACUCCUGCUCAUUUCCUUCUGUCCAACGAUGGCUGUAUCAUCAGAGAACUUGUGUAGGUGACAGCUGUCAGUGUUGUGUCUAAAGUCUGAUGUGUACAAGGUGAAGAGAUGUAGAGUGUAUAAAGUAUGUCACAGCACAGAGACAGCACUAGUCAAAGUUACAAAUGACCUUCUAAUGGCAUCAGACAAAGGACCCGUCUCUGUACUUGUCUUGUUGGAUCUUAGUGCUGCAUUUGACACCAUUGACCAUCACAUUGCAGAUACUUAAACAUCUAACCAGCAUUAAAGAAACUGCCCUAAGCUCGUUUGUCUUAUUUGUCAGAUCAAUCUUGUUGUGUUCCUUAUCAGUGCAUGUAUUGAUGCAGUAUAACUGCAUUACUGAGAGAAAACAGUAACCAUUGUUAUUACAGGAUGUCUCAUCUAGUGACAUACGUGGACAAGUCUACUCUGCUCAUAACCCCCUCUCACACUGUGCCACAGCAUCACAAGGAGUGACUUAAAACCUCCAGAUUCCCCUGGAGAAAAGUGUGUCACUGAUAGGUAAUAAUACAAAAAGGAAGAGAAAAUCAAAAGACAACAGAGAGAGUCAAAAAUAAGUGCACAAGGCAGAACUGGUUUGGUCAGUCCGACCACAGAGAAUGAGGAAAGAUAAAAAGGGAUGCAAACACAAAGGCAAACAGUAACAGAUUAGCAGAGGAACAAAGAGAGCAACCAAGGGACAUACAAAAGAAAGAAGACUGCCAAGUUAAUUGACUGUGACACUCUACAGAGUAUCACUGUCUACACACUAAAUGGAUAUACGCUCAGAAAUAUUCUCUGACAACCAGGCAUACUCAAUCAAGUCGCCCACGCUCUGAAUCGGCACAGGGAACUGACUGAACAGAACCAAGACGUGACUUACAUUGUCAUGUUAGAUCCAGAUCUAGUUGUUUGUACUUCUGCGGGAUUGAAGGGUUCUAUCUCUGCUCUCAUUCCCAAAGUGGACAACAAGAAACCACCGAUGCUUCCUCCACCACUACCUCCCAAGCGCCACCAGAGGUCUCCUGCAAGUUCACAGUUGAAACCCUUCAAUAUAGUGAAUACACCCUUGAACUCACUAGCAUGCCACACAUCUCCUGCACUGGGUGGAGUUAAAAGAAACAGUCAAGGCAUGGAUUUUGUCCCUGGGGAAGUACCUGACAUGCACAAUGAAAAGAUGAGAGACGAGGAGAACAAACAGGAGCAAGAUCUAACUGAAAGCAAUGAGAAGAUAGAAGAGAAUGAGGAAACAUCUCGAAUAGAAAGUCAACUUGAUAUGAGUAAACCUCAACAACAGAUCUUAGUAAUAUUUACAGACAAGAACAAUGAUGGAGAGAAAGGAGAGGACAGGAUGAAGGGAGAGUCUGUUAAUAUUAGGUUGACCACUCCUACCGUGGGAGAAAAUGUAUCCCUGCUAGCGAUGGAAUGUUCAGACCUUAUCCCUGAUGUAGAUCCUGACAUGGCACCAACCAACAGAAGCGAUACAGCUACAGUUUCAGCAAAACCAGAUUCAACUAUUUCACCACAGCCUCCUCCAAAGCCACAUUGUAAAAGUCCACCAAACCCAACCGUCACACAUCCACAGCUCAAUGAUACCAUGAGAACUGGGACAGAAGAGAAAAUGGAGAGGACACAGGACGAUGAACAGUGGAGAGGCAAGGACUUGGUGGACAAGGAAAGAGAUGAAAAGGAAGGAGAAGGGAAGGACAGAGAAAAGGUAAAUGGACAUACUCAAACUACUCAAACCAUGACAGAAACGGCCCUUCAACUGCGAGAAAUGUCCAAUGUCAGAUCUUCAGUGAAUCAGGAUAGUCCUCUUAUACAAGAGGUGCUUGCUCAGGUCAAACCUAUAGGGACAGACUCAAAUACGGAGACAUUUAAAGGGACAGAAAUCCAGAUGUUUGGGCAAGGGGUGCAGGACUCUGAAGUGAUUUCUAAACUGCCAUCUGGACAUCUGGAAGGGACAGCGGUGGUGGAGACAAAGUUGGAUCUGUGUCAGUUACAGCUGGAGAGGUUAGAGGACACACAUGAGGUUGCUGAGACACUACUGGUUGGACAAAUGAAGCAAAUCAACCGGAAGACUAAUGCAAGAGGAAAGGUGAAACAGCUUGCCAAGAAGGUGAUUGAUAGAUUAAAAGAGGGCAGUUGGGAAAAAAGAAGAAUGAAACAGAUGGAUGGAGUAAGAGAAGAUGACAUUAAAUUGACACAGGAUCAAAGGGGGCAUAGCAAGGAAGGAGGGAGGAUGAAGGAUGAAGUUGCUGAGGACCAACCAGCUGAGACAGAGACAGAGAGCCUUGGUGACUUGAUGGAGUGUAGGAUUAAAAGAAGAAAUGCAACAUCUGGAAGCCCGUUCGGCUCCUUCAGAGCCUGCAGUCCAGUGAAGCUGGUGGAGGAGCUCCUGUCAGGUGAUGAGUGGUCUCAGUUCCUGUAUGGAGACCAGAGCUCCGAUUAUGACCCAUGUCCUUGCCAGACACACUGUGAGGACACAGGAGAGCUCAGCGUAGACCUCCAGUUUAACUCGAGUGCUGAGCUGGACCUCCCUGUGGAUGUGUUUGAAGGCAGCCCUGCUGUACAGGAGGAGCCUAUCUAUGAGGACAUAGAUAGGUCCACUGACACUAAUCCAAUGACCCCAAGGACCAAAGACAUUUACGACACGGUGGAGUUCAUCCAGCCUGUGCAGCCAGCAAACACAUACCUGAACUUUUCUGAUAUCAAGUCUCACAGGGUUCUGGACUGUGCAGUUCAGAAGUAUCUCAUCAAACUGAACAAGAAGAGGAAACACAGAACAGCAUGGAAAGACAACAGGACACACACAGGUGGACACUCUUCUUCCACCACCUCUCCACAACAAGUCUUCCCUGCCUCCAUUUUCUACAACAUCCCAGCUUUAGGAGGAGAGGAGCAGCUCUCUGCAGUAAAGGUUAGUACAGGAAACCCAGAUAUUUUGAUGAAUCCUCUACAUCUGAUGUCUUUAUCAUAUCUGUGUGUGUGUGUGUGUGUGUCAGUGUGAAGGAAACAGUCUCAAAAGACGGUUCUGCUGAGAGCAGCACAGCCAAAGGAGGACAGAGGAAAGUAGAAGACGCUCCAUCCAUUUUAUUCACAGUGUGUUUGAUAUGAACAUCAGUUAUUGCAACAAAGCCAAAGUGUUUCUGGGUAAUAAGGAGGAUGUGCACAAAAAGUAAAGAUGCUUUACUAAUCAGAUGAUUAGUGGUUUGAUUCCCGGCUCCUCCAGUCUGCAUGGUGUAGUGUCCCCGAAGGCUCAGAGUCCAGAGAGCCAGUGUUUGGUUUGUCCGUUCUGGGCUACUGUAAGAAGAGGACCCGCUCCUUCAUUCUAAGGCAACACAAAC